AACCAUUCACCAACACCACCAACCCUCCCCGAAAGCGACCCACGCCUGCUUCUUCCCACAGAAACACUAAAGAAUCCACAUCUUCUAAACCGAUCAUCGCCCUAAUUACACGCCUAAUUAUACGUCUCUUGACGAACAAAUAUUACUACGCAGAUAGACACGCCAACAUAAAAAAAAAACAGAAGAAGGAAAAGAAACACCAAUACACAAUCACAAAAAUGCUUCAAAUGUCACAACUACCGAGCCGGGCAGGCUACAGCCCCCUCGUACCCUCGCCCCUAAACCCAGACGUCCACGCCAUCGCACCGCAACGGUGCCAAAGACUACGCGAAAAGAGACGCCAGCAGGGCCGCGGCGACGUGAGCCCGACCCAGAGACUCCUCCGCCACAAGGCCGCCAUGGCCUGGAAGUCAGAGGCCCUGACGCGGGAGAGCACAAUGUAUACGAGGGACGAGAUCCUCGACAUCCUCGCAGAGUGCGAUCGCCAAGACGAGGUCGCGGCGAGGGGCCUCGUCGUCAUGGCUACCUCGAACCAGCCGCCGUGGCCGCCGUCCCAGAAGCAGCAGAAAAAAAAGCAGCAGCCAAAAGUCCACAUCCGGGCGGCGCACUGGAAGGAGCACGAGGGCGAGGAGUAUGAUUUCUUCUGCGAGGCCGACGACGAUGCGGACGAGACUUCACGGCAGUGGGGGUCGCUCGUGCCUAGGCUACGCAGCCCCUUCUCCAAAGACACCGCUCGCCGGGUUGCGCUGGCAUUUGGGUUGAUGUGUAUCUGUGGAUGUCUACCGGCCCUUCGAGCCCACGGCUUCCACAUGUAUUCAGCUACCGAGGCUGCGUAGGUGCCAUGGUCUUCCCUUUAUCGCCCACACUGAACAAAUCCACAAAUUCUUCGUCAUCAUGGCGGAAGGAAACUUCAUAAUUCUAGCCCAACCCAAAGGCAAUGGAGAAGAGUCUGUCUAUCAGAGCGGGGCUUAUCGUCAUCCAUACAUCAGCCGGAACCAGCUCACGUCUAGAGAGCAUACAUUACAAA